AUGAAAUACGGCGUAGAUCGCCUGGAAUUUGAGGCAGGAAACACCAAGGUCGAUCCAGCUGUGUCGAGGGAACUACCUGAAGGAUGUAAGAUCAUUUCUACCGCGAAGCACGGCGUAAGCUUCUGGGCGCAGACGGGCCGUAUCGAUGUUUUGCUUCGCGAUGGCACACCACAGUCCUUCUUCAUCAAGGUUCUUUCGAAAGAUUUGGGCAUGAAUAUUACUAAAGGGGAAUUCGAGUCGAUGAGAGCGAUCUAUACCGUUCUGCCAUCUUUCGUUCCAAGGCCCAUCGCUUGCGGGACCUAUGGCACGAUACCUGACAACCACUUCAUCCUCUGCGAAUUUCGAGAAAUGACUCAUGGUAUGCCUGACCCUGACGAAUUUGCCGCUCAACUUUCAACACUGCAUGGGAAAAGUGUAUCACCCAACGGCAAAUUCGGUUUCCAUAUCACCACCUACGCAGGAAUGCUACCGCAAUUCGUUGGAUGGGAAGAUAGUUGGGAGACUUUCUUUGCAAAGAGCAUGAGGCAGGCACUCAACUUAGAGAUUGAAAGGAAGGGGCCUAGUGAAGAUCUCGCUGUCCUGUCCAAAGCUCUAUUUGAAAGGGUCAUCCCUAGGCUGCUGAGCCCCCUCGAGUGUGAUGGCAGAACGGUGAAACCUUCACUUGUCCACGGAGACCUUUGGCACGCGAAUGCAGGGAUAGAUGUCAACAAUGGAAAGCCUCUUAUCUUUGAUGCAUGCAGCUUUUUUGCGCACAAUGAAUGUAAGUUCUUCUAUGGCUCACCAUUGUUUACUCAGCUUAAUGAAGGUGAAUUUGAAGACGAGUUUGGCCAGUGGAGACCAGCUUGCAACAGGUUUGGUGACGAGUAUGUUGCCGCCUACAAGAGGUUCAUCGAGGUUUCGCCACCGGAAGAAGACUUUGAAGGCCGUUUGGACCUCUAUAGGCUGUGA